CAUAAUAAACACCACACCACCACUUUAACCAUUAGCCUAUCGUUAAGGAUGUCAAUCGUUACCGUUCAUCCCUUAUUUGUUUUUCUUAUAUUUGUGCACUUCUUUCUUUUUUCAUGUUAACAAUGCGUCUGUGUUCUUCGCCUCCCAUAGCUUUCCACAGUGCUCAUUUUAGUCACUGUUGAUGCUCCAUGCUCUGCACUGUUUUGGAGUAGGAGGAGGUGGAGAAGGAGUGGGGGCCGCCGUGUGCGUCAGUAAGUCAAACAUGUUCCAAUAACGGACUAUAAUAUCUGCUGCUAUUUGCAGUUUUCUGUAGCUAGGCGCCAGACUGAGCUUGAGCAGAAACCUGCAGCGCUCUUCUGUGAUGGAAACGAUCUCAAAAGGAAUGGCAUCUGCAAGGCUGCUGGCAGGAAACAGGAAUCUAACCCUUACCCCAGGCACUACAAGCACCAUGCCAAAGACAGCACAUUCAUCAGAACGUCAGCUCUAAGAGGACAGAGGAUGGCAGGAGGUGUAAGGAGGAACACAGAGAUGGGAAAUAGAUUAGGGUUAUAUGUGAGGCUGUUGGCAGUGAGUGCGUUACUGGGAGCUGAUCUGAGCUGGCUGGGCCUGAAAGAUCAGGUUGGGGUCAAUGCCCAGAACACUGAGAGAAGGGUAUUGACACAUAUCCCUGGUGACAUCAUCAUAGGAGCGCUGUUCUCUGUCCACCACCAACCACCUGCAGACAAGGUCCAUGAGCGAAAGUGUGGUGCGGUGCGUGAGCAGUAUGGGAUCCAGAGAGUGGAGGCCAUGAUGCACACUCUGGAUCGAAUCAACGCAGACCCCACUAUCCUCCCGAAUAUCACCCUGGGCUGCGAGAUCAGGGACUCAUGCUGGCACUCUGCGGUGGCGCUGGAGCAGAGCAUUGAGUUUAUUCGGGACACACUAGUGUCCAACGAAGAGGAGGAGAGCCAGGGCAGGUGUACUGCAGAAGCAGGGAGCCUGUUGCUGCAGGCGAAGAAGCCCAUUGUGGGACUGAUUGGACCAGGAUCUAGCUCUGUGGCCAUCCAGGUGCAAAAUCUCCUUCAACUCUUCAACAUCCCACAAAUAGCUUACUCAGCCACUAGCAUGGAUCUCAGUGACAAGAGCUUGUAUAAAUAUUUCAUGAGGGUGGUUCCAUCAGAUAUGCAACAGGCCAAAGCCAUGGUGGACAUUGUCAAGAAAUACAACUGGAGCUACGUGUCUGCAAUACACACAGAGGGUAAUUAUGGUGAGAGUGGAAUGGAAGCAUUUAAAGACAUGGCAGCAAAGGAGGGGAUCUGCAUCGCCCACUCUGAUAAGAUAUAUAGCAAUGCAGGCGAACAGAGCUUUGAUAAGCUAUUGCAGAAGCUACGAGCUCACCUGCCCAAAGCCAGGGUUGUGGCCUGCUUCUGCGAGGGCAUGACAGUCCGAGGCAUACUGAUGGCUAUGAGACGACAGGGCCUCGUGGGAGAGUUUCUGCUGGUUGGAAGUGAUGGCUGGGCAGACAGGUCCGACGUUACCGAUGGCUACCAGAGGGAGGCAGCUGGUGGAAUCACUAUAAAGCUAAAGUCGGCGUACGUGACCUGGUUCGACGAUUAUUACCUGAACCUGAAGCCUGACGCCAACCUGAGAAACCCCUGGUUCCCCGAGUUCUGGCAGCAUCGCUUCCAAUGCAGGUUGAAGGGGCAUCCGCAGGAAAGCAGCAUGUACAACCGCACCUGCACCUGGAGAGAGUCUCUUCGCCAUCAGUAUGCCCAAGACACCAAGAUGGGCUUUGUCAUAAAUGCCAUCUAUUCCAUGGCUUACGGACUGCACGCCAUGCAGCAAUCCCUCUGUCCAGGAUAUAAGGGUUUGUGUGAGAACAUGCGGCCCAUUGAUGGCCGCAAGCUGCUGGAUUUCCUGAUGAGAACCAACUUUACUGGUGUGUCUGGGGAGACCAUCUACUUUGACCAGAGUGGAGACUCACCUGGCAGGUAUGAAAUCAUGAACUUCAAGCGCACAGGCGAGGAUGAGUACGCUUACAUCUAUGUGGGAAGCUGGGAUCAGGGUGGCCUUAAGAUGAACGAUGAGGAAAUCUGGAGUAACAACAGUGACAUCAUCCAGUCAGUCUGCUCUGAGCCCUGUCAGAAGGCACAGAUCAAGGUGAUCCGUAAAGGAGAGGUGAGCUGCUGUUGGACUUGCACUCCCUGCAAGGAGAACGAGUUUGUGUUUGAUGAGUACACUUGUCGAGCCUGCGACCUUGGCUUCUGGCCCACAUAUGACCUCACUGGUUGUGAACCGAUCCCGGUGCAGUAUGUGCGUUGGGGGGAUCCAGAGCCCAUUGCUGCAGUGGUCUUCUCCUGCCUGGGCCUCAUGGCUACACUUUUUGUUACUUCUGUCUUCAUCAAAUUUUGGGACACUCCUGUGGUCAAGUCAUCCAGUCGUGAGCUCUGCUACAUCAUCCUAGUUGGAAUAUGUCUUGGCUACCUGUGCACUUUCACCCUUAUCGCCAAGCCCCACAUAGUCUACUGCUACCUCCAGCGGCUGGGAAUCGGCCUGUCCCCCGCCAUGAGCUACUCUGCGCUGGUCACCAAGACCAACCGUAUAGCACGGAUCCUGGCAGGCAGCAAGAAGAAGAUCUGCACCAAGAAACCGCGCUUUAUGUCCGCCUGCGCACAAUUGGUCAUCGCCUUCCUACUCAUACUGCUGCAGCUUGGGAUUAUUGUGGCACUUUUCAUCAUAGAGCCACCACAGGUGAUCUAUGACUACCCCAGUAUUAGUGAAGUACAUUUGAUCUGCAAUCUGACCACUCUGGGGGUGGUGGCGCCGCUGGGCUACAAUGGCCUGCUUAUCCUGAGCUGCACCUUCUACGCCUUCAAGACUCGUAAUGUUCCGGCAAAUUUUAAUGAGGCCAAGUAUAUUGCCUUUACCAUGUACACCACCUGUAUCAUCUGGCUGGCCUUUGUUCCCAUUUACUUUGGCUCCAACUACAAGAUCAUAACCAUGUGCUUUAGUGUCAGCCUCAGUGCCACAGUGGCUCUCUGCUGCAUGUUUGUCCCAAAGGUGUACAUCAUGCUUGCCAAGCCUGAGAAAAAUGUCCGGAGUGCCUUCACAACAUCCACAGUGGUGCGCAUGCAUGUAGGUGAUGCCAAGAAAGCUGCCAAGACAGGCAAAACCUCGAGCAGCAUGGCCAACUUGUUUCGACGCCGUGGCUCUGCGCAGGACAUCAGUUCCAAUGGGAAAUCGGUGACAUGGGCGCAGAAUGAGCACAGCUACAGACCAAACAUAUGGAAGAGGAUGUCAUUCCAUGUCAAGAAAAAGGAAGCAGUCGAGGUGAACCAGACAGCCAUCAUCAAGCCCUUCUCUAAAGGAGGAGAUACACCUGCGGACACUGGUGUCAAAGAGCAGUAUGAGGAGCAACAGGUGUCUCAGCCUUUCACCUGCUCCCCCUCUCAGUCACCAAGGGGUUUCCAGGGAGGAGAGGCUGGAGAGGACGGACAAGCGUUACCCACCUACAUACCUGAGCACCCAGCUGGGUUUAGAAGAAGAGUUGGGGACAACGGCCAGGGUGUUGGUAUGGUGGAUGGUGCCGACAUUAGCGUCAUAGGUGUGGGUGAUAUCGGCAUAGGGGUGAUCGGCGGCCAACCUCAGGGCACCACAAUCAUGGACCAAAUCAGCUGUGUGGUUAACCGUUUCACUGCCAACAUUAGCGAGCUGAACACCAUGAUGCUGCCAGGGGGAGUCACCGUCAGCUCCACGUCCACCACUGCUUUGCCUGCAGCUGCAGAUGCCUCCCCCGGCCCACCUCAGUACCUCACAUCCAGGAGCAGACAAGCCCCCUCCAAUGCCACCACAUAUGCCGAAGUCGCGGUUGUCUCCAAUUUCUGCGAGAAUCGACCAGCAGGUAAGAUUUAUGAGCACCUGGCCGGGACUUGCGUGAGUAGCAGGCGAGCCAAGGAUAUGGAGGAGCUGGUGGCUCUGACACCUCCCUCCCCGUUUAGAGACUCGUCUCUGAGCUCCAGCGGAAGCUCACCCACCUCGAUGUCCCCGGCCUCUGAGGCUGAAUAUGACCAGCUGCUGCUGAGACACUACAGCCAGAGCUCCUCCUCUCUCUAAACCUGCUCUCCUUUCACUACACGUUUUUCUCCUUGUUUAUCGUUUUUUUGGGCUAUUUAAAAAAGACAAAGCUUUAGACUGGACCAGACUCUUGGACGCCUUUCUACAUGGGGAUAUUCAGAAUUUGUAGUCAGUUUUUAAAAUAUAUUUUCAUUUUCAGAUUGGAUUGAAUGCACCCAUUACAUGCCUCCAUUGAGAGGACUGAGAGAAAAGUGGCACGACUGCAAAUAUUAAAUGCUGAAAUUAAGCUGAGCAUUGUCAGUGCUUCAUCGUUUGUUUCCAAGUGAGUAAAACUUGACAAUAUGGGCAUUUUAGAAUGCUAUACUGACUGACACAGGUUUCUAACUUUUCAAAUUCCAAAGAAAAUACUAAUAAGCUGAGAAAAAUGUAUGUAAAAAAUACAUUUUGAUUUCAUUAUAAAAAUGGUCAUCAAUCAUAAAUAGGGGAAAUUCACCAAAUGUUUAUAUUCAGUGUUUCUUUGGAUUAAGCCAAAAUGGCUUAUAUACUGAACUUCAAAAUGGCAUUUGAUUUUUUUUUUAGGUAGGUGCAGGUUGUAAAGAUAAUUGUAUUUAAUUUGUAUAUUUUGCAUCACAUAUUAUCAUAAACACAGAAAGUGUGAUUUGUUUUUAUUGCUUACUGUAUAUUAUUGCUGUUGACUUUCUGUACAUGUAAUGUUUUUGUUACUGACAAAUUGCCCUAAUCUUUAAUAUUUUGAGAUCCAGGUGGAUGUCGAUUGUAUCAGCAUGAAUGCUGCCCUCUAAUAGGUUGUCAGUCCUAGAAAACAUAAGCAAGUAUUGUAUAUCCUGACGAUAUAGGAGAAAGUUUACAGAUGCUGCAGUAUGUGAAUCAGGAAGCAUUUUUUUUGUGUGGAGAGCUUUUCUUUUCUUGAAAAGAAAAUAUUUACUGAGAAUGAAACCCCCACCCAUCCUGAGAGGACAUCUCAAAGGAAUGUAAGACAUUGUCUAAAUAGACAUAAUCGUCAAGUGUCUAAUCCACAACGAGUUUAUGGAAUACUUAGAUGUCUUCUUUAAUUCUUUUCUCUUAGCUGAAUGUACGAUACAUUGUCAUUUAAAGUGGACCAAAAUGAUCUUCCACCUCAGGAUGUGUCUGAACCAAAAUACCUUUUGACUUCAACUCCUUACCUGCUGAACGAGCGCUGUCAUCUUUUGGCUCAAAAUGUUUCCAGUUUGCAUGAUGUCAAGAUUUGUUUGCACUCUUUAAGUUAUAUUUGUAAUAAAUUACUUUUUUUAUAUAUAUAUAUAUAUAUAUUGUACAUGUGAAACUAAUAAGAUGAAUAGAUACAGUAGCAAAUUAAUGAUACUAUCAGUCUGUGAAUAUUGAUUUGUUUUUAAGAUUAGCUUAAGGAGGAGAGAAGCAAACUGAAAGUGUGCCAGAUUUUGUGCCAAACAUCUAUUGCAAAACAGUUGUUUCUAGCCUGGCUUUUCACCUACAUAUGUGCCGAUAUCUACCUGCAGUAUAUGUCAAUUACAUUAUGUUUCUAUAAAUGGGCUCAUGUUUCAGCCAUUAUUAUUAUUAUUAUUAUUUUUAUAAUAUAUGACAAUGAAUCAAUGAAUAUUCUUUUUGUAUCUGCAUUUUGGCCUCUAUGGGGAUGUAGAUUGACAGGCUAGCAGAUGUAACUGAUGAUGUUCAGGUCAGAGCUAGCUUAUGCUUGUUUAUCAGUCCUUCAGUCAUUAUUUUUUAUCUGUAUGUUUACAAAGGCAGGAAUGUGUUCAAGUUUUUUGAAUUGUGUAGUGUUUUUCUACUGGCUUCGAUAUCAUAGACAAUUGCCAUAUUUGCAUGCAGGUUUGUGCCAAAUUUGCAGAAUUAUACUAAGCUUUAUUCACUGAUAUAAUCUACAUAAGACGUUUGUCUUGGUCUUAUCUCUUCAUCUGCCUUUCAAAUAGACAGAAUUUACAAUUUAGACCUGUGCUGCAAUAAAUGUUUCCAUCCAAAAUGCAAAACA